AUGGGGCUGGCCGGCAGAGCAGUGGGGACGCUGGGGGUCUCCGGGGGCCCGCUGCCCUCCCUCUGGAGGAUGGCGCUGCUGCUUCUCUCCAUCCGGGAGCUGCACGCACAAAGCGCAGUGGAAACUAAACCCAUGUACAUCUGGCAGACAGGUCCGUGGGGCCGUUGCAUGGGCAGUGAGUGUGGCCCCGGCGGCAGCCAGAGCCGGGCGGUAUGGUGUGCCCACUCCGAAGGCUGGACCACCCUGCACACCAACUGCGACCAGGCAGAGCGGCCCGACAACCAGCAGAGCUGCUUCCGAGUGUGCGACUGGCACAAAGACCAGUACGACUGGCAGCUCGGGGCCUGGAACCAGUGUGUCUCGGUGGCGAUGCGCAGCGCGGGGGUCCAGCGCCCCGCCGUGUGCACCCGGGGGGAACAGGGCAUCCAGACCCGCGAGGUGGGCUGCGUCCAGAAAGCGGAAGGCGAGCCAGCAGAAGACGCAAUCUGCGAAUACUUUGAGCCAAAGCCACGCCUGGAGCAGGCCUGUCUCAUCCCCUGUCCCCGGGACUGCGUGGUAUCCGAGUUCAGCCUCUGGACUCACUGCUCUAGAACCUGCGGGAUGGGCUUACAGAACCGGAUCCGCUUUGUUCUGGCUCCGCCACUGUUUGGAGGGGCGUUCUGUCCAAACUUGACUGAGUUUCAGACGUGCCAGCCAGGACUGUGUGAGGGAAAGGAGAGCCUUCACAGCCUCAGGGUGGGGCCAUGGGGGCCCUGCUUGGUCCCAAUGCCAAGGAAAGCCAGACAAGCUGACAAACCGCCGAGAGGUAAGAAGAAAGAGAAAAUGAGGGAGAAGGUCCGGGAGAGGUUAAGGGAGAGGGGUAAGGUGAAGGACCCCGAGACCAGAGAACUCAUCAAGAAGAAGAGGAACAAAAACCGUCAGAACCGGCCCGGUGGAAAGUUCUGGGACCUGCAGGUCGGCUACCAGACCAGAGAAGUGACCUGUGUUCAUAAGAGUGGACACGUGGAAGCGCUCGGCUUGUGCUCUCAGGAGUCGUUGCUGGUCACCUUCCAGGCCUGCGUCAUGACCAAAGACUGCGACGUGACUGAUUGGUCUGAAUGGUCGACUUGCUCCAAGGAGUGCUACGACCCCAACGGGCCCAAGGGGGAGCGCAUCCGCACCAAGAAAGUAAGCCAGUUUCCGAUCAAUGGCGGAGCCGAUUGUCCAGAGCUGGAGGAGAAGGAGCCCUGCAGCCCCCAGGGGGACGGAGUGCCGCCCUGCAUCGUCCAGGAGGGCCAGCUCUCCGACAGCGUGGUCAUCGUCUACGUAUUCGUGUCGUUGCGACCGAUGAACAACGACCUGUGUCUGAGCAUCUCCCCGAACACCACCCAGCUGUGCCACAUCAGCUGCCCCGUGGAGUGCGAGGUGUCCUCUUGGAGCGCCUGGGGACCCUGCACCUUCGAGAACUGCCAGGACCAGGCAGCCAAGAAAGGCUUCAAACUGAGGAAGAGGAGGAUCGCCAACGAGCCGACGGGCGGCACGGGCAACUGCCCCCACCUGGUGGAGGCCAUCCCCUGCGAGGAGCCCGUGUGCUUCGAUUGGCUGCUGGCCGCGCUGGAGGAGUGCGUCCCCGACAACGAGCGGCCGUGCGGACCCGGGACCCAGAACCCCCGGGUGCAGUGCGUCGACAGUGACGGUGAAUAUGUGGAGCGGCAGCUGUGCCGUGACGCCAUCCUGCCAAUGCCGGUCAUCUGUGAAGUGCCUUGCCCAAAGGACUGUGCCCUAAGCCCCUGGACCCCUUGGUCUCUGUGCUCCCACACCUGCUCCGGAAAGAACACGGAGGGCCUUCAGACCCGAGCUCGCUCCAUCCUCGCCUACAACGCUGGAGAAGGUGGCCUCCAUUGUCCCAACAACAGUGCUCUGCAGGAGGUGAGGAACUGCAACGACCACCCCUGCACGGUGUACCACUGGCAGACCGGCCUGUGGGGCCAGUGCAUCGAGGACUCUUCCAUCCCAGCCACCAACGCGUCCGCGGGCCGAACGCGCGGCGACGCCGCCUCCUGCUCGGUGGGGAUGCAGACCCGCAAGGUCAUCUGUGUCCGGGUCAACGUGGGCCAGGUUCCCCCCAAGAAGUGUCCGGAGAGCUUCCGCCCAGACACCGUCAGGCCCUGCCUGCUGCCCUGCAAGAGGGACUGUGUGGUCACCCCGUACAGCGAAUGGAGCCCCUGCCCAUCCACGUGUCACGCAGGUGGAAACACCAAGAAGAAGCAGUCCAGGAAACGUGUCAUGAUCCAGAUACCAGCCAACGGGGGACAGGACUGUCCCGAAGUCCUGAACCAGGAGAGAGAGUGUGACGCUCCAUCUGUCUGUCAAGGAUGCAGAUGGAAAAUCCACAAGUGGCGGAGAUGCCAGCUGAUUCCGUGGUCCGUACGCCAAGACAGUCCCGGAGCUCAGGAGACCUGCGGGCCCGGACUGCAGGUUCGAGCCGUUUCGUGUCGGAAGCAGGACGGCGGGCAGGCGGACAUUGAGGCCUGUCUUAAGUUGGCCAGCUCUAUGCCGCUCCUCACUCAGCACUGCCAGCUGCCCUGCCAGGACGACUGUCAACUCAGCAGCUGGUCCAAGUUCUCCUCCUGCACGGCCGACUGCGUGGGCGUCAGGACACGCAAGAGGAUGCUCGUCGGGAAGAGCAAAAAGCAUGACCAGUGUAAAAACACCCAGGUGUACCCCCAGAGCGAGACCCAGUAUUGCCCGUGUAACAAAUACAACUCCCAGCCCGUGGGCAACUGGUCGGACUGCGUCCUGCCCGAGGGGGGCCGUGUGGAGAGUCAGCUGGGCAUGAAGGUCCAAGGUGACAUCAAGGAGUGUGGCCAAGGAUACCGGUACCAGGCCAUGGUGUGCUACGACCAGGACAACCGCAUCGUGGAGACCUCUCGCUGCAACAGCCACGGGUACAUCGAGGAGGCUUGCAUCAUCCCGUGUCCGUCUGACUGCAAACUGAGCGAGUGGUCCAACUGGUCGCGCUGCAGCAAGUCCUGCGGCAGCGGGGUCAAAGUUCGCUCAAAGUGGCUCAGGGAGAAGCCCUACAAUGGGGGAAGGCCGUGCCCCAAACUGGACCACGUCAACCAGGCUCAAGUGUAUGAGGUGGUGCCGUGCCUCAGUGACUGUGGGCAGUACGUCUGGGUGGCAGAGCCCUGGAGUGUGUGGAAGGUCAGCAACGUGGACCUGAAGGACAACUGUGGGGAAGGUGUUCAGACCAGGAAAGUCAGAUGUAUGCUGAACACUAUCGACGGGCCCUCGGAGCAGGCGGAGGACUACCUGUGUGACCCGGAGGAGAUGCCUCUGGGGGCGCGCAACAGCCAGCUGCCCUGCCCGGAGGACUGUGUGCUGUCCGACUGGGCAGCCUGGGUCCCGUGUCCACUGCCAUGCAGUGGCAACAGCACUCGAGAGAGGAGCGCUGACCCGCUGCGCCAGCCGGGGGAGGAGAAGCAAUGCCCUCCGACUCAAGAGACGGAGCUCUGCAGACUCAACAGCAACUGCUUCCACUACUCCUACAACAUCACCGAUUGGAGUACCUGUCAGCUCAGCGAGAGAGCCGUGUGUGGCAACGGCAUCAAGACGCGCAUGCUGGACUGCGUGCGCAGCGAUGGCAAAUCUGUAGACCUGAAGUUCUGCCGGGAGCUGGGCCUGGAGAGGAAAUGGCAGAUGAACUCUUCCUGUGUCGUGGAAUGUCCCAUCAACUGCCAGCUGUCUGAUUGGUCGCCGUGGUCCGAGUGCACGUCGACCUGUGGGCUGGCCGGUAAGUGUCUGCGGAGGGGGCGCGCCGCGGUCCAGGCCCCCCGGGGUGACGGGCGGCCCUGCGCGGCCCAGCUGGAGCAGUGGAAGCCCUGCCUGGUGAAGCCCUGCUACAGCUGGAGCUACAGCGCCUGGUCCCAGUGCAAGUCGGAGGGCGCGAGGUGUGGAGAAGGCCUGCGCUUCAGGAACGUGUCGUGCUUCGUGUCCGACGGCUCCGGGCAGCAGGGGAGCAGCCUGGUGGACGACGAGCUGUGUGGAGACCUGGAGCCCUCGGUGGACGGAGACCCCCACGUCGUCCUGCAGGAGGCCUGCACGGUGCCCUGUCCAGGGGAGUGCUACCUGACGGACUGGACGGUUUGGAGCCCGUGCCAGCUGAGCUGCGUCCGCGGGGACGACCUGGGCUUCGGCUCGGUCCAGGUCCGAUCCCGAGCCGUGGUGGCCCAGGACCCGGAGAACCUCCUGCAGUGUCCGGAGCAGGAGCUGGAGGCCCGGCCGUGCACAGAGGGCCAGUGUUUUGAAUACAAGUGGCAGACGGGACCGUGGAGGGCCUCAUCUCGCCAAGUCUGGUGUCAGCGCUCCGAUGGACUCAACGUCACCGGUGGAUGCCCAGUGACGGCUGAGCCGAUGGCUGACCGGUCAUGUGACCCGCCCUGCACCAAGCCUCGCUCCCUGUGCACUGAGACGGGGGUGUGUGGCUGUGAGGAGGGCUACACCGAGGUGGUGAUGUCUGACGGCCUCCUGGACCAGUGCACGGUGAUCCCGGUGCUGGAGAUCCCCACCGGAGGGGACAACCGGGCCGACGUCAAGACCAUCCGGGCCUUCAACCCCGCUCAGCCCGAGGCCAGCUCGCCGGGCCGGGCCGGACGCACCUGGUUCCUGCAGCCCUUCAGCCCAGAUGGGAAGCUGAAGACCUGGGUGUACGGAGUAGCAGCAGGAGCCUUCGUCCUGCUUGUCUUCAUCGUCUCCAUGACCUACUUAGCAUGCAAAAAGCCAAAGAAGCCCCAGCGACGGCAGAUGAACAACAGACUGAAGCCGCUGACUCUGGCCUACGACGGAGACGCCGACAUGUAGAAGUCUUCCUGCCGACCAGAGACACCUACAGACAUUCGUCCUACCGCAGGACACGCAGGGUUGCUAUGGAAACCCCUUGAUGUCAGGGCUGCCGCUGGACACUGUUCAUCUUUCAUGUACGUGGACAACCCGGGAUAGACGAUUCUGACGGAAAGAGAAACCUCAAAGUUUAAGAACCAGAAUCCAUGUCCGUUAGAAAAGUCUCGAUGUUGCCGCCCCCUCUUUUUUGUUUUUUUUCUAAUUUCCAUUUUGAUACUUUGUUUCACAAGAGCCUUCGUGAAUUCUUUAUCUUCUUCUGGAAGUUUGCCUUUGCUUCUCUGCCAUCCACUACUGACUGCCGGUAGCAUCCGAUUCAUCGAAAAGGGGCGUCCCCAAAGAUUUUGCUCGGAAAAAAGCACAAAUCUUCAUUUUUUAUUGAUUUGAGUGGAAUCAUCUCUUCUUCGUCUCAUCUGGCCUGGGUCCAUCUCGCAAGAAAAGAAGACCCUGAUGAUUCCCCGUGCCACCAUCACUUCUGCCUGCCUCGUCCCUUCUCUGUUUUCAGGCAUAAUUUUGCACUAUAUUAGUGCAGCAUGCUAUGUACUUAUGUCUAGCUUCGCCAUAGGAAACUGCCUCUCUCAACAAGAUGGUGUACGGUCUUGUGCUAGAAAUGUAAAAAUUUAGACUCUUUUUGCAAACGGAACUCACCGAUGUUUGUUAAUACUUUUCUUCUAUUACCUCUUGCGUGUGAUACGAUGAGACUCGAUGUAAAUAGAAUUUUUCUCUCGGGUCUCAAUUUUACCUUUCUAGUAUGUACAUUACAAACUCUGCCUGAGUUCAUUUAUUAUCUGACAAUUUU